CCCGCCUCCUGUGUGCGUCACACGCCCGUCAAGUGACGUCAGAGUUUCUGCAGGUGCUGAGAGAAGUGCAGCAUUGGCGUAACUGGCGUUUAAAACAUCUCUCGCGAUGGCCUCUGCUACAGAUAACCGUUAUGGGCAAAAGGAGUCCUCUGACCAGAACUUCGAUUAUAUGUUCAAGAUCCUGAUCAUUGGCAACAGCAGUGUAGGAAAGACCAGCUUUCUGUUUCGCUAUGCAGAUGAUUCCUUCACUCCAGCUUUUGUUAGCACAGUGGGCAUUGACUUUAAAGUGAAGACCAUCUACAGAAACGACAAGAGGAUCAAGCUGCAGAUUUGGGACACAGCAGGGCAGGAGCGCUACAGGACCAUCACUACAGCCUACUACAGGGGAGCCAUGGGCUUUAUCCUAAUGUACGAUAUCACCAACGAAGAGUCUUUCGCUGCCGUACAGGACUGGUCUACACAGAUAAAAACAUACUCAUGGGAUAAUGCCCAGGUGCUUUUGGUGGGCAACAAGUGUGACAUGGAUGAUGAAAGGGUGGUGGCUUCUGAGAGGGGACGGCAACUUUCUGAACAUCUUGGGUUUGAGUUUUUUGAGGCCAGUGCCAAAGACAACAUCAAUGUAAAGCAGACCUUUGAGCGCCUGGUGGAUAUCAUCUGUGAGAAGAUGUCAGAGAGCCUUGAUGCUGGAGACCCAGCCGUCACCGGAGCCAAACAGGGCCCUCAGCUCACUGAGCAGCCUGCCGCUCCACACCAGGACUGCGCUUGCUAAAAAAACCACACCCAGCCUCUCCAACUACACUGCCCUGCACUACCAUACACAGGAUAAAGGUAAAACAAUAAGGGUUAAAGGAAAAGAAAAUUCAAACAUAGCUCCUCAUAGAAUAAUUGUGUUAUCUUUUGUUUUCUACCCUGGUCCCAAUUCAGUUUGCGAGUGUAAUUUUUUUUUUUCAUCUAAUAACUUACGACACUAUCUUUGAUUUUGCUGCAACAUUGUUUUAGCCUUGGAGAGGGAAAGCCAUACUUCAAUAUUUUACUAUAAGAACUAAGUUUGGCGAAGCACAAAUUAUCCCGUGUUAGCUUCUCUUCCCUCUGUGUGAAACUUUUAUCUGGCCUUCAUGUGCCAUCUUUUAACUUCCUCUGCUUAUUUUUCUUUCCUUCAUAUUUUGUACCAUCAUUUAUUUGCUCUCAUGCUCAACUUUUGUUAAAUGAAAUAUGAACAAAUACUAGAGGAGAACCUUCUGUAUAUUUAUUCCAAACAUGUAUAUAGACAAUGUGCAGUAUUUAAUACAGGUAUAGUAACAUAUUUAAAAAAAAUCAUUUUAAAAAUGACAAAUCAGAGAACUAUGAAGAAAAUAAGAGGAGUCAUGUAAUGUUUUUGUGGUAAUCCUUUGCAAUGCUUGUCACAAACCUCUCUUGCAUAUUUGUAGUUCUUAAUCAUGGUACCUUUAGUCACUGAACUGCUGAAAGUCAGAUAUACAUAGACAUUCCUCAAUGUGUAAAUGCAUGGAAGGAAAUUAAGCCAUUUAGGCAAAUAGUUAUAAGAUUCCACACUGUUCGUAGUAGAUCCAAACAAUCUCUAAAUAAAUCUUCUAAAUGAAAGAAAGUUCAUUUAGAAAUCACUUUGUGUGUUUAUACUCACAUUGUUGUAGUGACAGAACUUCUGCUUCUACCAGUGUGAAGAAUUCUAAUCACAGCAUAACUUUAACUGGUGUUGCAAAACCAUACUUUUUUCGAAGUCAAUGCAAGUUUCAGAGGUGGGAGUCCCAUUUCUGACCUUUUCUAAAUGUUUCUGUAAACGGCUUGUCCUGGUGCAGACAAUUUAUUCUUACAUGUUGUACUAAAGAGAAAAGUGGAAGGAAGGAAAAAACAUCUCAUGUUGUAAAUGUGUUGUUGUCAUGUCACAUGACUGAUAGUCAGGACUGUUACUUAUUAUAGACUUCGUAUUGGCAUUAAUGAGAAUAUAAGACGAUGAUGACAAACAAAACCAGAGCCCCUUAUGACAUUUUUGUGAUUUAAAUCAGUUUCCCUACAUUCCUGAAAAUAUAAUUCCCAGUUUUCUUUCCUUUGCUAUGCUGUCUUCCUGAAAUCGACUGUAAAUAUAUUUGAGUCUUUAGUUUUAUGUGUGAAUUGUGCUGUGACUCUGGGCUCAAAACAAACAAAAAAAAAAGAAGAAGCGAUAUGGAAAAUUAUUUAAAGUAUGUGCUUUAUCUGCUCUGUGUAUGCUUGCUUGUGAAUGAAUGUGUCACUUUAUUACAAAGCAAUAUAAAAAAAAAUAUGUUUUGAAGUAUUUAUUGUUUCAUUAUGCCCUUCUAGAGAGGAAUAUUAAAGGUUUGGGGGGAAAAAAAACCCUAGAGCUUAGCAAAUCCUGUAACUUCACACAGAUUGACAGGAAAUGUGCUUACUGUGGAACUUGAAUACUUCAAAUUCACUUAAAGCAGGAUGACUGAAAUUGAUCAAAUGCACAGUAACCCUCAGAGACCAAACUGUGGACAGGAUUUCCAAGCAGAUGCUUUGUGUCCUUGUCCUAAUUUAUACUAAGAUAAUUUAUUAAGUUAUUGAGAUAUUGAGCAAAGCAUCAGCGUUCGAACGCGCUGUUAUUGUUUCAGUGCUCUAAAAGGCCUGCUUUUGUAUUUCAUUUUUUCGGGGUUGGUUUAUUUUAAAUUCUGCACCAUUUAAUUUCAAUGCAUUGUUGUGUUUUUUUCUACUUUUAUUUAUUUUUUUUAUUCUUCUUUUUUUCUAACAUGGGAAUUCUGUGUACAUUUCAAGUGAAAAAAGAUCAACUAUUAUGCAGUAGUAAAUUAACUCUAACAAUAAGGGGCAUGGUGUCAAAUGUUCAGUGGUGAAGUUUACCAAACCUACUGUCUAUGUUGUGGAAAUUACUGAAAUGAAAAAAUAAUAAAAUAAUAAAGGUUUGUGUUGUUAAAAUA